UGACGGUCGGCUGUAAUAGCCGGUUGCUUUGAGGAAAAAAGGACAAAAUCACCUUUUUCUUUUUUGUUUGUUGUUUAUUUCUUCAGUUUUGUUUCUUUGCGGUAAGAGUUUUCAAAAAAUGAGUUCUUCAAGUCAUGCAAAAUCAGCAGCUUUGCUUUGUCUGCAACCUGGGACAGAAUAUUUCAUAUCCUGUAAAUCGUGAAGGAUCCUUUCCACUUCUUCACCCAUCCUUCAGUAUUGGGAUCAGCUGGUUUUGUAUUUUAAACUUUGAGUUCCUGAUUUUAAUUGCCUAAAUGGUUAACUUUGGGAAGAAAUUGAUGGCUAAUCGAGUUCAAGAAUGGGAGAAGUAUUAUAUCAACUACAAAUUGAUGAAGAAGAAAGUCAAGCAAUAUGUACAACAAAUGGAACAAGGAGGAAAAGAACGUUGUCAUGUUCUGAAAGAAUUUUCAAGGACGCUAGAUGACCAAAUUGAGAAGACUGUUCUCUUCUUCUUGGAGCAACAAGGAAUUAUUGCACACAGGAUUCAAAAAUUGGGAGAGGAGCGAACAGUACUUCUUGAGCAGCCAGUUAUAUCUAAGAUGUCUGAACUGCGAGAAGCAUACAUAGAAGUUGGACAUGAUCUUUUAAAGCUUCUCAGAUUUGUAGAUAUGAAUGCUACUGGGAUUCGUAAAAUUCUGAAGAAAUUCGAUAAACGUUUUGGCUACAAAUUCACUGAUUAUUACAUAAGUACUAGAUCAAAUCAUCCUUAUUCUCAGCUACAACAAGUUUUUAAGCAUGUGGGAAUAGCAGCUGUUGUAGGAGCCUUGUCUCGCAAUCUUGCUGAGAUUCAAGAACGCCAAGGAAGCUACCCAUCCCUUUAUGAUCAGCCCUCUACAGCUAUGAUGGUGCAGGACCCAGUCAUUUACUUAAUACAAGAAUCAGUGGACAAGUUAACUCACUCUACAAAUUUCCUAAAGUUUUUAGGGCAACAUGCACUUAUUCAUGAAGGAGAGGAACAAGUUGAUGAGAGAAGAUAUCAUUUUGUAUCGCUUCUUUCGAACUUGGUCAAUACUUUUCUUUAUAUGGUGAACACUUAUAUCAUUGUGCCAACUGCUGAUGACUAUUCGAUGAGCCUUGGAGCUGCUGCAACAGUUUGUGGGAUCAUUAUUGGCUCUAUGGCCGUAGCACAAGUGUUCUCUUCAGUUUAUUUUAGUGCAUGGUCUAACAAGUCAUACUUCAGGCCUCUAGUAUUUAGCAGCAUCGUACUCUUUUUGGGCAAUACUCUCUAUGCGUUGGCCUAUGAUCUCAAUUCCUUGACAAUUCUUCUCAUAGGUCGCCUUUUGUGUGGGAUGGGGUCUGCAAGGGCUGUUAACCGGCGAUACAUCAGUGACUGUGUUCCAAAUGAAAUCCGCAUGAAAGCUUCUGCAGGUUUUGUUAGUGCUAGUGCUCUUGGAAUGGCAUGUGGUCCUGCUCUUGCUGGUUUGCUUCAAACGAAUUUCAAGUUAUAUCUGUUAACAAUUAAUCAAGAUACUUUACCUGGGUGGGUUAUGGCAUUUGCUUGGUUAGCAUACUUGAUUUGGUUGUGGAUCUCAUUCAAGGAGCCAGUUCGCAAUACCGAUGAUGCUGGGCAUGUGGGCAUUGAAGCAUUAGAAAGUGGUCUUGUGCAACCUUUGUUAAACGGUUCGGAGCAGAAGCAAAAUGAUGAUGAAGAGUGCAAUGGUAGUGAAGAAGGGCCGGAAGAAUCUCACAAGCCAGCUACUUCAAUUGCUUCAGCCUAUAGAUUGCUUACGCCAUCAGUGAAGGUCCAGCUGCUGAUAUAUUUCAUGCUCAAAUAUUCAAUGGAGAUAUUGCUGUCAGAAUCUAGUGUCGUUAGUGGUUAUUACUUUGGAUGGUCGACUGGUCAAGUGGCGAUAUUUUUGGCAGUCCUGGGACUUACAGUUCUUCCCAUUAACGCUAUCGUCGGGACUUACAUCAGCAACAUGUUUGAAGAAAGGCAAAUCUUGUUAGGAUCUGAAAUAUUGGUGCUAUUGGGAAUACUACUAAGCUUCAAAGUCACUGGUACAUAUGCAGUGCCACAAUAUGUCGGCUCGGCAUUGAUCACAUUUGUGGCUGCUGAAGUUCUAGAAGGUGUGAAUUUAGCCCUCCUUUCUCAAGUCAUGUCAUCUCGUCUCGCACGGGGGACUUACAAUGGCGGUCUGCUAUCGACAGAAGCAGGAACUCUGGCUCGAGUCCUAGCCGAUGGCACGAUCACACUUGCAGGCUACCUAGGCGAAAGCUGGCUCCUAAACGUCACCUUGCUUCCUUCUCUACUAAUCUGUGUAGGCUCCAUUGCCGCUACUCUCCUCACCUACAACUCCUUGUAUUGAUAAGCAUUGUCGUCGCUUGCGAUCUUACUCUCUUUGUCCACUGUGCGGAUUAUGUAUAGUUUGUCGAAAUUGUUGAUCGAUUUAUUUAAAUUGUAGGAGGGAAAAAAUGUAAGUGAUGUUUCGAUCGCCAUGUCUCAUAUUAUUGUGUAUGGUUCGUUUUAGAUGUGUAAUUCUUUUUGUGAA